UGCUUUUCACUUCGAGAGCGUGAAAUCAAAGGAGCCCUUGAGGUUUAGCGGUCCGUCGAGAACGACGAAAGAGUGAUGCAGGGAGCCGCAGCCGACGGAGAGGCAGUGGACUUCGAGCCGGAGGACGAUGACUUGAUGGACGAAGAUGGCGGCGCCGAGGCUGACGCCUCUGCAUCUCCCCAUGCUCCUCCUCUGCCGAAGCUCAAAUCUGCCAUCACUGGUGGCGCUUCCUCCUCACUCGCUGGCCCUAAAAAAACCAAAGGCCGAGGUUUUCGUCAGGAAACCGAUGCCAAUCGUAACACUGGCCUUUCUGGGUCAGAUUUCGACUCUCUCGCCACCGAGGGUGGGCCCGGUCCUCAACGAUCGAUUGAAGGAUGGAUUAUUCUGGUCACGGGAGUGCAUGAGGAAGCACAGGAAGAUGAUCUACAAAAUGCAUUUGGUGAAUAUGGAGAGAUUAAAAAUCUGCAUCUAAACCUUGACCGUCGCACUGGUUUUGUCAAAGGUUAUGCAUUGAUUGAAUAUGAGCAUGCUGAAGAAGCCCGAAACGCAAUAGAGAAUUUGAAUGGAUCUGAACUUCUUACUCAAACCAUUUAUGUGGACUGGGCUUUCAGCAGUGGACCUAUUAAUGGGUCAAUGAGAAGAAAGAAUGCUAGACCAACACGGGAACGGCGAUCGAGGAGUCCUCGGAGGAGAUAUUGACUUGGUGUGCAGUGUUUGGGAUGAUUUUGUAGACCUCUGGUUCAUUUUUGGUCAAAUCGUGACAGAUUUUCCUGAUACUUGUUCUACUUUCGAGUUAAUAUCUUUAUUGGUUGUUGCAGAUUUGUCUUUCAAGCGUCCUUUCUCGGAUUGCUCCGGCACAUCUCAAUCUAUGGUGUAUUAUGUAUGACAAUGUAGUACUACAAUGUAGUGAUGUGUACUGGUUGUUAUUGUUCUCUUAUUUUUAUCAUAUGCAAUUAUGUUAUGCUUGGGGAAUUGGGGUA